CGUUAGCUAUUUAGCAAUCCAUUCUCAUCGCGUGGCUGCGCGGUCCCCCACGACUCAACUGGAAAUGCGUUUGUAGUUAGCGCUAGCUAACAAAUGUAGCGACAGCUCAAAAACCGCAUAUGUGAAGUAGCUGUUUAGUCUAGAUAAAUCGAAAUGAUAUUGGUUUUUUUCAGCUGAAUAUAAGUGCGGAUAGCUGGGGUUUUGCCCAUUUAAGUUAAUAUUUUAGAUUUAGCAAGACACAAAGACGACCAGAAUUCUUAAGAGGCAAAGAAUGUGCCUCUAGGUCUUGUAGCUAAACUUGGAAGUAGUUUUCUGCAGUUCGAUUGGUAGCUGUAACUACCUUCGUAAAGGCGUGUGUGAUGCAAAAUAUAAUUAGCUGUGUAACGUUAUAAUACAAUGUUUAACUGUUCAGUUCAGGCCUUUACAAUUAUUUUUAACUUGUCAAGUUGGCUAAAGCCUAGUUAAGUUGGCUAAAACCUAGCUAACUCAGGUUUAAGUAAUUUGUUUAAAUUGUUAGACUGCAAAAAGUAGUCCAAUUGGUUAGCUAGUUAGCGGCUUAGUUUGAUAAGACUAGCCAGUUAUGUUAGCUAGCUGAGACAUUGGCUGCAUCAACUUUAGUUUUAACUAACGUUAGCUAAAUGUUUGCUGGUUGAACAGAUGGCCAAUGGCUGUUUGCAUGCAGUCAACGAAUAAUGAAAAUGUUUAUUAAACUUGAGUGACAUAGAAUGCCAUUGACAUUAGUCUAUAAGCUAAACCGUUAUGGCAGCAACAUACGAAGGCAUUUUAGAUGCUAGCUAAACUAGCUACCUAUUAACUAGCUACGUCAGCUACUUAUAGUUAGCUAGCUACAGUAACUACAGUUUUAGCUAAUGAAUGCCUGUAAUUAUUUAAAUAGCAAUGUAGGAAACCUAGCCAGCUGGGUAGUAAUUGCGUAGCACUGAGCUACAGUAGCCAUCCAAGUAACCGUUGUAUAUCUUCAUAAUGUUAACGGUUAUCUCCAACUGGUGGAAAUUUUUUAUUUUAUUUACUUAAACAGAACUUCACCUGGGCAUAUAGCUACCUAGCUAUUCAGCCACUGACACGAUAAUGCUCUGAGCGUUGUCUGACCGUGCCACGUAUACUUUCAGUGAUGCUAAUUGCACGUUGGAGAACAGAACAACGUUGCUGCAAGAUGGCUACAUUUUCUUCUCUUCGUGAACGUGGUUAUGCAUGCAUUGGUACUUUUUAGCAUAUUUUACCUCGUUCAUCAAUUCUAGUUUUGAGCUGGUGUCAAUGAAUGCUCUGCCCUGCCAUGAUGACAGAUCAGCCCCCUCCACCUUUGGAGGUCACCCCCAUGCUGGCUGAGAUGGCCCUCGUCCCGCACAUGCUCAGUGGAGAUGGCAUGCAGCAGAUGAUCCUGGUGCAGGUGAACCCUGGGGAGAUCUUCACCAUCCGCACCGAGGACGGGCAGUUCCGCUGCAUCGCAGGUCCUGCACACGUGCCCAUGGUUUCCCCAAAUGGCACUAUGCCUCCCAUAUUUGUGCCCCCUGGGUAUAUGUCUCAGUUGGUGGAGGAGAACGGCAUGCGGAAAGUAGUCGUUUUGCCCCACGAGUUCCACCCCUCCAUGCCCCUGCCACCCCACCACGUGCCCCCCUACCUGCCCCCCCACCCAGCUAUGUUGCAUCACCAUCACAUCUACCCUGGGGAGAUGCCUCCCCACUUCAUCCCCCAGCUCCCGCCCCCAGUCUACAGUGAGCAGGACAUCAUGUGCCACAGCGCCUCCAUGCCCCCGCGGGACGAGCGCGCGGCUAAAAUGCAGGAGCAGCUGCGCAGACGAGCGAAGGACCGGCAGCUGAGCGCGGCGGCGGCCUGCAGCAGCGCCGCCGCGCGCCUGAGCGCCGAGCCCAGCCCCCCGCCGUCCACCGCCGCCGCCGCCCUGCACAACGGCCACAGCAAGGGCCCCGCGGGCCCCUCCGCCUCCCCGGGGCCCGGCAGGCCCAGACCCUCCGGCAGGACCAGAGUGUCGCCCCCCGCAGCCCCCCGGAGCCCCGACGCCGAGGCGGACACCAGGAAGAUGUCGGAGCUGCUGUCCAGUGUGCACAAGCCCACAGUGUCCGGCGUUACGUCCCGCUCGGCCGUCCUGUCCUGGCAGCAGCCCCCCCUGCCGCUGAAGAACGGCGACGCCCCCCUGCCUCUCAGCUACGAGCUGGCCUUGUCGCGCGGCGGCAGCGAGGGCGACUUCACGCCCGUCUACCUGGGGAAGGACACCAGCUGCGCGGUGCAGGACCUGCGGCCGGCCACAGACUACCACGUGAGGGUGUGCGCGUCCUGCCGCUCUGUGCGGGGAUCUCCAUCUGAAGCCACGGGCUUCACCACGGAGCGCGCCGCCCCCGACACCCCCGGCCCCCCCUGGCUGAUGCUCCGCACCAAGAACUCCCUGUCCCUGCAGUGGAAGGCACCCUGUGACAACGGCUCUAAAAUAACGGGCUAUCUCCUGGAGUAUGAUGAGGGAAAGCAGAGCACCUUCAGGGAGAUUUACUGCGGACACGCCAAGCAGUACAAAGUCAUCCGGCUCACCCCUUCCACGAAAUACGCCUUCAGAUUGGCGGCUAAGAACGGCAUAGGAAUGAGCGCGUUCAGUGAGCUGCUGACCUGCAGCACCGCAGGCUGCGCCCCUGCACCCCCCGCGCCCCCCCGUCUGGCCGGAGCGAGCGUGUCCUGGCUGGCCCUGGAGUGGAGCGCCCCCUGUGGGCCAUCUGCAGAUGGCACGUACACCUACACCCUGGAGAUGGAAGAGGAGGGAUCGGGCUACGGCUUCAAAGCGAAACACAACGGGGAUGAGCUGUCCUUCACCGUUAAGAACCUCCGCAGGAGCACCACCUACAGGUUUCGGUUGUUGGCUGCAAACCCAGAGGGCCGAAGUCAGCCCAGCGUAGCAGUGGAGUUCAGCACCUGUCCUGACAAACCCAGCAGCCCAGGCCAGCCUGCAGUAAAGGGCAGAGUCCUGCCUACCAGCCUGCAUGUGUCCUGGGAUGCCCCAAAGGAUGAUGGGGGAUCUGAGAUCACGCAGUAUGUGUUGGAGAUGUGCCAGAGUCAGAGCGGGAGCCAGUGGGAGACUGUAUACAGUGGACCCCAGAGGGAACACGCGUGCGAUGGUUUGACCCCGGGAACAUGGUACACGCUGAGGGUGUACUGCCACAGCGCCGGAGGACAGAGCCAGGCCUCGGACUGCCUGUCUGCGCAGACGGCUCCUGUGCCGCCCGGACCGUGCCAAGGGCUGCGUCCGGCGGGGAGAGCCAAGCCCUGGGAGAUACCACUCGCGUGGGAGCCCCCGGCACAGGACGGCGGCGCCCCCGUCUCGCAGUACGCCGUGGAGAUGGCGGAAUCGGCAGAGGCCCCGCGCUGCCCGCUGUACGAGGGCGCGGACACGCACUGCGCCGCCAGCAGCCUGCAGCCAGGGCACACGUACUGCUUCUGGGCGAAGGCGGCCAAUCAGGCGGGGUGGGGACCCUUCUCAGAGGCGUGUGAAACCUCCACUGCCCCAGGACCCCCAGAACAGUGCGGACCCCCGGAGCUCACGGUGAAGACGGCCAACUCUGUGCUGGCCAGCUGGGAGGUCCCAGCAUGCAACGGGGCAGAAGUGAGUGAGUUCAGGUUGGAGUGGGGUGCUGCAGAGGGCUCUAUGACGCUGACGUACUGUGGCCCCUCCCUCAGUUAUGAAGUGCGGGGGUUGGUGCCGGCCACAACCUACUAUUGCAGGGUUCAGGCAGUGAAUGUUGCUGGGGCGGGGCUCUUUGGGGACAUCGCCAUGGUGACGACGUCACCCUCGGUUCCUGCCGCAGUGCGAUUGGUGGAGGAGGUUGGGGGGGAGACCCUGCCCGGCCCUGCUUCAUCGUGCCUGGCGUUGCGGUGGGAGGAGCCCUGUUGCCACGGCGCAGAAAUCACAGGCUACAAUAUAGACUUUGGGGAGCAGCUCCCCCUAUCUGUGGGGAGAAUCAACAGCUUUGUCGUGGAGAACCUGCAGCCAGACACCUCAUACAGGGUUCGGGUGCAGGCCGUCAACAGUGUUGGGGCGGGGCCCUUCAGCGCAGCCCUGAAGGCCAGAACCCGGCCCCUCCCUCCCGACCCCCCGGCCCUGGAGUGUGUCGUCCCGGGGCCCCAGAGCCUGAAGCUGAAGUGGGGGGAGGGCCCCAGCCGGCCCCAGCUAAGCGGGGCCACGCAGUACUGUCUCCACAUGCAGGCCAGCGCAGACAGGUUGGUGUGCAUCUACAGCGGGCCCUGCCACACCUUCAAGGUGCAGCGGCUGAGCGAGGCCACGCUGUACCACUUCAGCAUCCAGGCGCACAACGAGUCCGGCGUGGGGCCCCUGUCUCCCCUCUACAGCUUCAGCACCACCCGCUCCCCCCCGCCCCAGCUCAGAGCCCCGCGAAUCGAGCUCCUGGACUGGAACCGCUACGAGGUCACAUGGGAGGCCUUGCAGCCAAUGAGAGGAGACCCCGUUGUGUACAGCCUGCAGCUGCUGCGAGGGCGGGAGGUGGAGCAGCUGUACAAGGGCUCCAGCGCUUCGUACGCGUGGCAGUGCGUGGCGGCGGGCAGCGACUGGCGCGUGCGGGUGUCCGCCGGGAGGCAGUGCCUGGACGGGGGCGAGCUGUGGGGGCAGCACAGCCCCAGCGCCGCCCUCCCCGCCCCGGCUCCCCCAGAGGAGGCACGGGCGGAGCCCGGGGCCACGGCCGGACACGGAGCCCACCCCAGGAAGGGCGGGGCCCUGACGGACGAACAGUUCGCCCUGCUGCUGCUCCUGGGCUUCGCCACAGUGGCCAUCCUCUUUGCUGUGCUCAUCCAGUACUUUGUCAUCAAGUAGGUCCUGGCCCCGCCUAUGGGAGGGGAAGAUAGGGCGGGACGUUAGAGCAGCCCCCCCAAGCACACGACCCCGCCUGUUCACACUCAAGGGCCUGCUACAUCCCAGUGAAAAUGCUUUCCUUACCUUAUUUUUUUGGAUUAUUAUUAUUAUUAUUAUUAGCUUCAGAGAGGAAUUGUUAUAUUUGUUUUCGCAAAAGGUACUUUUCCUUGUUUUCUAAUUUUCCUCUCUUCCAUGACCAAUUAUGACUGUGAAAACUGUGACUAUAGGGGUUUGUGUGUGGUUUUGGAAGUAUGGGGAGUUGUCUUAAAGUCCCUGUUUUGACAUGCUGUGUAGUGUCCUGGGCUGUUGUUGGGGUGGGAGGAAGGGAGGGAGGGAGGGAGGGAACAGAGAAUACAGACCAAUCCCCUUUACUGCAGAUGUAAUAGUACACUACCUGGGAAAGAGAUUUUUUGGUAUCGCUAUGGUGACUGAGGGUUUCGGAAUUAAGGGAUACUGCCUUGGUGGAACGGCGUCCCUGCCCGAUGUCAGUCAUCGGUCUCCAUGGAAAUCCCCGCCCACAUGGAUGCAUUGUAGAAUGAGAAGGUGGCAUCCCAUUGAGAGCUUUAUGUCUGAACAUUUUCAGACAGUGCUCUCAUUUGUUUAAAAUAAUAUUGUCUUGCCUAACGGUUAUAAAUAGAAAAUUUAAAAGGGAGAAGGUGCCAAAAGAAGAGAAGGUGCCAAGUUUUUAUUUUUUUUAAUGAAGAGGAUUUACAUGCUCUUGAAGAAGGAAAAAAUACUCCUCCAAGAGGGGUUGGGGUUGGGUGUCUGUUAUUUUAGUUUUUUUUUUAAGUUUUUUUUUAAGCAUUUCAAAUUAUUUUUUAAAAACCCGCUAACAUCAUUAGUAAGAACAGACUUCUAAGAGACACAGUGAAUCUCACUUAUAUCUUACAGAAUUUUAGAGAUUCUUUGUCCUGCUAUUGCCAGUAUAUGUAUAUAUACAUACAUACAUACUAUGUUUAUGUAUAUAUAGAUAGACACUACUUAAAAAAACUAUGAAAUAUGCAUUUGUUAUAAAUGUCUCUAUUUGGCUCAAACUGAGCACUUUAAUCCUUUUCUGCAUUUGUUUGAACUCUUGGUAAAGGAAUUGUACCAUUUUAUACAUCCAGGUAGACAGACUAAAGGCUUUCUUCAGAGUUUAUGUGUGUGCUGAGGUGCAGUGUCAUGCCUGUGGGCCCACACCGCUGUGUCACUCUUGACUGUUAUAUUCUAGCAGUGUCGGAGAUCGUGUCCCUCCAUCGCUGCGUGGGUAAAUCAUGUCUGACAUCAUGCAGGGAUGACCAUUAAGAAGGGUUGGCUCAUUUCAGUUUGCAAUGAGCUGAAAGUUUGUUGGGACUUCUUCGUGUUAAACAGAACUUGUACUUGUACAGUACCUUCUGCUACAAAGGAAAUAACUGAAUGGGGGAACAGGACAUGUUCCCAGACUCUAUGGUAAUGAGCGUGUGGCAGUGGGAACUGCAAUACGUUCCAUGGGUCUGUAACAACCUACAGACCUGUUUCUCCCCCCUCCCCCUUGGCACCAUCACUGUGAACAGACUGUGAGAUGUGUGUGAUGUUGGGGACCGUGAGUUUGCAAGCAAGCAGGAAGACGAGGGUAUAAAAGCAUUUAUUUCCUAGUGUAAACUAGCUGCUCAUAUCUGUGGAGAAUACUGUUCUGAAACAGCAUUGUACCUAAGAGUUAUACUGAAGUUUCUAAAAGGACAGCCUCCGUUGUCCAUCAGAACUAAAAUCUUUGAGUAGCAAAGUCCCAUUCAUUUCUGAGACAAACAUCAGUCAAUUCUUUCAUUGACUUUCUAUGCUUUAAGGCAGAUUUUUUAAACAGCUGACCCAUUUGACAUCUGGCCUUUUAGAAAGGUAAAAAAAAAAGUACCGUGAAUUUUAUUUAUGAGACUGGUGUUCCCUCUCCGUAAUGGCAACUGCUCCAUUAAUCCGGGAAUAAACAGUUUCUCUGCAACGUGCCAAGUAUUGAGCAAGCCCCCUGUGCAUAAACCUGACGGUGCAAGCUCAUAGAAAUACUUUUUUCCAGAGAAUUCUGUUCAGUGCUUGGGAGCUUAGCCAAACAGAGAGGGAGAGACUGUUUUUAAUUUGUCUUGAUGGAUUGUGUGUUUUUCUUUUUAUUCCCCGUUUUAAUCUGUCUUCCAUUAGUCAUCCCUGUUCUUCUACUCCGUGCAGGUCUCUAUACCGCUGACUGGACAUAUUGGGGUACUGUGCUAAUUUCCCCCAUCUCUACCCUUUUUUAAACACAUUUUUGUAUCAUACUUAAUGCCUACUGCAUAUACCCCCUGUCAAAUUUGGUUUCUACGGGACCUCGACUAUUGUCAAAGUCUGAUAACCUUAGUGAAACGAGGAAUAUUUCCUUCUGGUUCUGUUGACUAUUUUUUCGGUCAUCACAAGCUUUGUCUCCAUGUUGAAGUACCUGUAUUGAGCCCCCUUCCCCCAUUGCAGCGUCUCUUUAUCCCCCUCAGGUCCAGGGUUAUGUUGACGUUAGCUUUUACUAGCGUGCUGGCGUGCUGGGCCUAGCACAGUCGCAGGUGAAAAAUCCCGGUUCAGGAAGUAGAAGUUCUCCAUGUAUUUUGUUCCAGUCACCUGGAUUUGCUCAUUAGCACAAAUUUUCAGCCAAGAGGUAGAACUAAUUAGUGAAAUCAGGUGGCCGAGUUCAUAGAUGGGAAAAAAAAAAAAAACACAUGAUGGAUGUCUGCUUUCUGACUGCUGGACUUUCCACCUCUGAGCACAGUACUGUUUUAUACAAGACCCUGCACAUUACCUGUAUGGCAUCACCUGCACCUGCAUUUCUUGCAUAGAACCCCGGAGAUGAACCCUUGGUAGGCGCUCUGUGCGCCUUUGGGAAAAGGACACAUUCCAAAGAUAUUUUUCUGUUGCUAGUUUUUAUAUUACAAGUUUUGAGCAAAAUUUAUCUUUAAAAAAAAAGUAUAUAUAAAAUAAAACCAUAACGUUGCAGCUUUAACAGCGGCCUGCGCAUUGGCUGCACCUUCACAUGGCCUUCAAGUCUGUGUCCAUCCAAUUUUUAAGACAGCGUCUUCUAUUGGAAGGGCAACCUUAUAAUCCCAGGAACGCUAUUAUGGCCUCCUGUCAGGCAGCUUUACUGCUCCUGACACUUUUAGCCCUAGCUGCUUUGGACUCAGUUGCCAGGGAACAUGUUUGUGGAAUUGAUCAUGUGAUCAGUGUCAGAGAGCCUGUCAUUCAUAUUGAUCCAGAAAUGUGGACUGUGUAACUAAGGAGUGUUAUGCUGUCAUGACCCUGUACUGUACACAAUCUUUUUAAACUGAUAGCUGUGGUGCUGGAUGUUGAGUGGUCAUCCAGGCUUCCUGGCAGUGCUGAUAUUCAUCAAAUAGCUAUGCUGAAUAGAAUGUCCAUGCGUGAUGGUAAUGUCAUUGCGCCGUUCACUAACAUAAACACCCUAGACAUCUCAGUUGUAAGGAGUCAACUGUAGUAAAAAGCAAACCUUUUCAGAUCUCCAUAAGCCUCCUACGGUCAAUGUCAAAGUAGUUCUUGGUGACUGAAGUAGGCGUUAACUUUGAAACAGUGAAGCGUGAUAUAAGGCUCAAAAGUUCAGAAACUGAACUCUCAUGGCUUGGUGACCAAAUAAUCUUUUCUUGAGGAAGGACACAUAAUCCGUUAAGUUUUUUUUUAAAAUAUCGAAAAUAUGAAUCAUGCUUUUAUCAUACUUUUCUGAGUCUAAGGAUAUCUGUGGAUGGAUCCGGUAGGAAUGUUGGCAUGGCUGGGGUGUUGUUGGCUGUCUCCGCAGUCAUGAUAUAACAAGGGUUGGAUUUCCAUAUCUCUAAUAUGGACUGUACACACUUGGCUCUGAGCUGCCUAUGCUACUUUAAUAUGGAAGCUGCCUUCACAUAUUGCAUCUGUCAGUAUGUUCUACACACAGGGAACCAGAGCUGCUGCUGCUUAUUGUUUUACAAACAUUUCUAGAAGAGUUGUUCUAUUUUUUUUUUUUUUGCUGUGUUCCCUGUGCAAAUAAAAUGCAAGGAUGCAACCACCAACCCCCAAAAGGACCAAUCAAUAUGUGUGUUCCAACCCCCCUCCCAUAUUCAUGCAGACAAGAUAUUGAUACCUACAUUGAUCAUGUCCUUAUUAUCUUGAGUACUUAAUCAAGAGAGCUAUGUCUGUCCAGUGGACUACCACUCCUCACGUCAGAGUAUGCGCUAAAUGUUACUGCCCACACUUCAGGACAUUCGUAAUGUGUAAAGCUCUACAUUUGUGUGUUCUGUGUUCUAUAACUGGGACUAACUGUUAAAGCAGUUCUUUAAACAUUUUAGCCACGGGCCGGAUGUAGCCUCACAAUUGCCAUAAUGAAUACUCCUCUAGCCUGUUGUGCACCAGCCUCCUUUUAACAUGAGAGAAGUGGCCUCUAUGUUCUGACAUGAUGACAGCACGUUGUUGUUUUUGGGGAGCAGAGUUGGGACUGGGAUAAGGGUGGAUCUGCGGGUAUGUUGUUUUAGUAGAAGACCAAAAUUGUGGACCGCGUGACUUGCGUAGUACUGCUCCCAUGCUGUUGGGCCUCGGUAUGUCGGUUUGUGAGGGUUUAAGCUCAGUUUGCGUCUGCCUGGACGAACGCUUCGCCGUCGAGAAGAGCGGGCUCUGUUGGAGCCCUUAAUGGGCGGGGCUCUGUGUGGUGUCGAUCACUGAUGAUUGACAUGGAAACCAUUAAAGGCUUUGCCGUCCUGAGCGGCUGGGAUCCCGGUGGCGUUAAGGGGACACUCAGGCGCGCUGUAGGAUCAGUCUGCUUUCAGCUCCUCCUCCUCCUCCUCUCCCACCACUGUCUGUGGAAUGUGGGGACUGCAGAGCCUGCUACGUCGCCUUUUCCAUCGCAUUUUUAAAAGACAAAUAUUAUACAUUCCAAAAAAACUGUGUACUUUAUCAGCAUUAAUUGUUUUGUGUUUCCUUUAUGUUUUUAUCUUUAUUGUUUUAUUGUUUUAUUUUUUUCAUAAACUCAUGUUAAAGAUAAACUGCCAUGUAUUAUGUUAUUACUAAAUUGUAACAAUCAUAGAUAAUAUAUUUAAUAUGGCAAAUAAAUUAUAGUCCUUAUUUAGAA